AUGGGGGCUGACAACCUCACUACUACUGCCAAUUUCAUCUUGGUGGGAUUCACCAAUGACCGCAAGACGCAGAUUCUGCUGUUUGGGAUCAUUCUCAUUGUCUACAUAUUUAUACUUGUGGGGAACCUUGGGGUCAUCAUGCUGGCUCAGGCAGACUCCCACCUCCGCACACCCAUGUAUUUCUUCCUCACACACCUCUCAGCCCUCGAUAUUUGUUAUGUCACUAGCACCAUGCCCCAGAUGCUGGCUCACCUUUUCGUGGGACAUGGAGAAUUGUCCGUAAUUCAGUGUGUGUUACAGACGUAUACAGCUUUGGCUUUGAGUUGUGCUGAGGCAUUUCUAUUAGGUGUCAUGGCCUAUGAUCGUUAUUUGGCUAUCUGCCAUCCCCUGACCUAUGCCACUGCCAUGGAAAGAUGGCACCAGGUACUACUGGCUGCAGCCUGUUGGGCAGGUGGCUUUUGUGUCUCAGUAGUAUGUACCAGCUUAAUCUUUAGCCACUCUUACUGUCAUCCCUGCUGCAUCAACCACUUUAUCUGUGAGAUAGCAAUGGUGUUGAAACUAGCAUGCGAUGACAUCCAUUUCACAGAAAUCAUCAUUUUCUUAUUUGCGGGCAUGGUCAUCCUCAUACCCUUUUCGGUUAUCACAAUCUCCUAUGGGCUCAUUUUGUUCUCGGUGUUCCAAAUGCAGUCAGUCAGUGGACUGCGCAAGGCCUUCUCGACAUGUGGGUCCCAUUUAUCAGUGGUCACCCUGUUCUAUGGCACAACCACUCUUAACUAUAUUAUACCUCAGUCAGGAAGAUCUCCUGAUAGUGACAAACAAAUUGCAGUGUUGUAUGUGGUGGUCACUCCUCUUUUGAAUCCCAUCAUUUACACUCUACGGAACAAAGAUGUACAUGCAGCAGUGGCUAAGAUGGUGCAAAGGCUGGGAUUUGCUUCAAAAAGCUGA